GGCUUUCGUUCUCCCGGGGUAAAUGCGAAAAUCCACAGAGCCCUUCCUACUCAUGCGUGACGGGGGAUAGAACAUGUGGUCUAUUCUCGUUUUCUUGCGUGAGGCGAUUCAGCUUUUGCCUGUUCUCGUUUUUAAUAAUUUUCUGUAGCACAUUUCUUAAUUAAUUACGAAAUAUCAGGAUGGCUGAAACAAUAUCUCAUUUCGCUAAAAGUCACAUGAAACAGACGGGAUGGGUUGAGGGUAAGGGUUUGGGAAGGAACGAAGAUGGAAUGUCAGAAGCAAUAAAAGUGAAAAUCAAAACAGAUAAUGCUGGAAUUGGCCACGAUCCUGGAGAGCAAUUUACUUUUCAUUGGUGGGAACAUGCAUUCCAAAGAUCUGCUCAAAAUAUUAAGGUCACUGAAAAAGAACAUGGCGUCGAAGUGGAAGCAAAAUCAGAGACUGAGAAAGCGUCUACCAGAAAACAAAAUAAAAAACUAAUGAAGAAACAACUUAUGUACGGGAGCUUUGUAAAAAGCGGGACUCUCGAAAAUGGUAAAGUUCAGAAAUGUGAUAAUGAUGCCUCUAGUGAUGAAAAUUCAGAUUCCGAAAAAGGAGAUACAAAAAAAUCUAAAAUUCUGAACGAUGAGGAACUCCUAGCGGCAUGUGGAGGAAGGACGGCUCAUAAAGGUGCUCGACAUGGCGUUAAUUUAGGGGGGAAAUUGGCGCGACUGAAAGAACAAGAAUCAGAGACAUUAGAUGGUCUGAUUAACAAAAAGAAUAAAAAGAAGCGAAAGUACGAAGGGAAUGGACAAAAAUUGUUAAAAGAUGAAAAUGAAACUGUAAAUAAGAAAAAAGACAAAGCUCAGAAAAAAAGAAAACUUAUUUCUGAAAAUACUGAAAUAACAAACAAAAAACUUAAAAAGCGAAAAAAUAAAACUAAAUUGGACGAAAAAACUAAAAAGGUUAAGAAAAAUAAGAGUAAAAAGAAGAAAAAUAAAAAAUCUAAAAUUGAGUCAGAGUGCUGACAGUGACAACUGCAGUAUUCGCAUAAAUAAGGCAAUUAUUGUAGUUCAAUUUUUUCUUGAAAUUUUUACCAUAAUUCCCAUUCUCUGGUUCAUGCUCUUGGUUUUCUAAAUUGAGCACUCCAGAAGUGUGCCUACCAAUGUGAAGGCAGUAAAGCAAAUUGCCCUGGUACGUAUACUAUGGGAGUGCCCUAAAUUGUUCAUUGGAACAUGUGGAAACCUGCUUUCUUCUGUAAACUCUGAGGUCUUUAGUUUAAUCCCCUAUCUUUGUGAGUUGUUAUAGCAUGUUUGUGGUUAACAUUUUAUCAUUUCUAAUAAAAGUAUAUUGAUGCGCAUAUAUAUGUCUCUGAAUCCUUGAAAAUAUACAGGGUAUUCAUGAAGUCCUGUAUUAAAUUUUGGUAAAAGAACAUUGACGUGUUUCAUGCAAUUAAUUGUGGGCAUAUGAAAGUAUUAAAUGAAGUGAAAAAUAUAAAUAAACACUGCUUAAAUUCAACAAACCUUGGUAAUAAGGUAUAUUGAGGAAUGACUUUAUUAACACAAAAUUGGAAAUAGUAAAAGCACUUAGUGAACAUUUUGCAUCUAUCAUUCCUUGAAAAUGUUGAAAUACUUUCAAUCUGCUAUUUUGUUGUUCUUAG